AACAAUAAACACAUUAAUUUGAAUACAAGUGUUAAUUUGACACUUUUUUGUGUAUAAUAUGCACAUUCAACACCAUAAUACUAUACAAACUCUAGCACGCACGUAGCUCUAGAAAAUUCACAUUCUUUUUAAUUAUUAUUGUGAUAAUUCGUAAAACCGUAGAACAUAUUCGAUAAAACACUGGUAAUGAUGGCGGCGGACUGGAAAAAAAAUAGUAGUACCGAUUUUAAUACACGCGUGACAAUAAGCAAAGCCAUUCUGUCGCAUAAUUUCGCUAAUUUCGUCUUUGGAAUCUAUUCGAUAGCCAGAACGUUACACAGUGAUAGCGUUUUCAUCUUUAACACAAGUAACUUAGACGAGACUGACAUAUCCAUGCGACCGCUCAUUCUAAAGAUGGACUUCCCGUUCAAUGGUGAUACACGUUUCGUUUAUGAAUGGGCGUUAGUCGCACAAUUUUUUCGUACAGUGCUUUGUGGUUGCGCUGUUGUCAUGCUAAAUGCUCUUCUUAUUGUCCUGGUAAGUCAGAUAAAAUUGUUAAAAAAUUUCUCACUUGUCAAAUCCACAUCAACUAAUGCAACGUGAUGUUAUUGCGUAAUUACUGCGAUUACAAAAGAUCAAGAUGAAAUCAUGCUUUCCAAAUCUUUCAGGCACUGCAUUUAGCCGGCCAAAUCGAGGCUCUCGGUAAAUGACCGACGGAA